AUGUGUCGAAUUCUUAAGAAGCUCAGACACUUUAACAUCUCAGUUGUCAUUUGUGUACAGACAGCCAAGAGUUUAAGUAAGGAUGUAAAGAGAAUACUUACUGACAUUGUACUUUUCCCCGGAUUGUCCGAAGACGAUUUCAUGGAACUUAUGAAAGAGUCCAUGGCAGGUAAGUUUGACAGACAUGAACUAUGGGAGAAGUACAAAGUCAUACAAGACCCUCAUACUUCUUUCAGAAUUCAUAUCUACGCAAACAAAGUUCAAAUUGUAAAAAGUCAAGCGUAA